GGUCGGCUGCUUCUGAACUCCCGCGCUGUUGUAAUCAUGUUCUGUCUCCUCGUCUUUUCCGGUCAAGUUUUCGCCGAUAUAUAACCUGCAUAACGCUGACAUUAAAAGUAUCACAUCUACAUUUACGAAUUACGCAAACGCCCCUCUCUCAACGAAGCUAUUUACAAAACUACAAAAUAAAGAUUCUGCGUAAGAGGGUAACUGGACCGGGGCCAGAAAUGGGAGGGCGAAUUAAGCCCUCGGUUGCUCCUUACUUCUUUGGGGGAUUUAGAAGGGAUCUACGGGAAAGAAAGAUUUAUGAAUUGAUAGGUGGUCGCGUUUUGUUUGGCGGAGUGGCUGUACGCAAGAAGUCGAGGGGCUCUGUGUUUCAUCUACUUAAAAGGAUUAAGACGAGUGAUGUACACCAGGUGGGAGGUAGAGCAACACAACCAGCAGCGCAGGAUUAUUAUCUCCGAGUAAACUUUCUUGACUGCGCAUAGAAGUGAGAAAAAAAGCCAUGAUAACGGAUUUUCACCGAGAGCGCGCGUUUCUCUCUCUUUCUCAUAAUUCUUAAACCGCGUCAUCCCACUUCACUUAUCAUAACAGGAAGACGGACGCUUAUUAUUAUUGUUUUUCUUUUCUUUUUGUGCUUUCAGUACAGCGGUCAGUCUAUUGACACUGAACAAGGCGUUUCUUCAAAAAGGGACCGUAACUGAAACGUGAACUCUCAGCUUCUUUUUGUCAGCUGCCGAUGUUGAGUUGAGGGCACAAGAUGACGACUGAAACUCCCCAACAGCAGUUGGACCCGCCGUCACAUUUACGAUCCCCGGCGCCUGGUGUUGUACAUUCCGCUCUGACGAAUGCACAAUCCGAUGCUGGGAGCGCAGCUACUGCCGCCUGUGCUAAUGGGAAAAAGGCGAACUCGGGUCUAAGGCGACCCGAGAAGCCUCCGUAUUCAUACAUUGCCCUCAUUGUGAUGGCUAUACAGAGCUCCCCGAUCAAGAGGCUGACUCUAAGUGAGAUUUAUCAGUUCCUUCAAGCCAGGUUUCCAUUUUUUAGGGGAUCUUACCUAGGUUGGAAGAAUUCUAUCAGGCACAAUCUGUCUCUGAACGAAUGUUUUAUAAAAUUACCCAAAGGCCUGGGGAGACCGGGCAAGGGCCAUUACUGGACCAUUGAUCCAGGCACCGACUUCAUGUUUGAGGAAGGUUCGUUUCGCCGCAGACCACGAGGAUUUCGGAGAAAAUGUCAGGAUUUGAAACCCAUGUAUCGGUUGAUGAACGGAAUAGGGUUCAGCACAUCCAUAUUGUCGAAAACCUUCGAUUUUCAGGCGCACUCCGCAUCCUUGGCUUGCCACGCCAGCGAUUACAACUUGGACGUGAUGGAGAAUUCGCCACUGGGUUACGAUGAUCAUAACGGUGGACACCGUGUUCCCCACUUGUCUCCCAGUGCAAGAUCCACAAACAUGGGCAGUUGUCCUGUAACGACUAAUGAAGACUACGGUCCAGACAGCAAUAGUAGCCCAAUGCCUCCUUUCUCAUCCAUGGACAGUGGCUUAGACUGCCACACUCCAUAUACAAGUACUUCUACACACUGGCCAUCCCCCGUUGCUUCUCCGUAUGUCAAACAAGAACCGCAGGCCUCUAGUAACCCACCAACAUCCUCCGGGUUACAUUCCACCGUGUCUACUUACUCAUUUGAACAGAGUUUUCUCCAUCAUAUCGCUAAGGAUACGGCUGAUAUUUCAGUGGGAAUACCUCGAUACCAGACGUACUCCUCCCAGGUCCGUGACAGAAAAGACUUUGUUCUUAACUUUAACGGAUUCUCUUCGUUCAAUCCAUCGACCGGUGGAUCUUACUAUCAUCAGCAGCUAAACCACCACCCCUACCACAGCGUCUGUGAAGAUGUCAAGCCUUGCGUUAUGUGAGUCUCCUCAGAUCCGUGUAAUAGGCCGACGUGCCAUGGAAAUAAGCUGAUGAGAGAAAUAUAACUUGUGACGUUUAUACUGAAAAAUCUUUUCAGGGUGAAGUUUUCAUUUAUCCAGAGAAAAUAUAACGAAUAGUAAUUUCAAUACACUGUCAAAGCGACCGUUUAUAGCAUAGCGAUAGUGGUACGCACACGUUUUGGAGUAAUUAUAUUGAUAAAGGGAUGUAGGCCAUUAAAUGGCCGCCAUUUCGUAUUUCAUUGUUAAGUAUAAAUACAUUUUGUUUUUAAAAUUGCGAACGUAAACAACUGAUUUUUGCAUUCUUGAAAAUAAGAAAAAUAAAGCUGAUGGCUGUAUUUUAAGUUACUUGUGUGUCCUGCCUUUAUGAAUUUGUAUUACCUUAAGUCAUUUGGAACAACCAAAUGUGUUUUUUUCCCCACUUUAUAUGAACAUUUCUUUCUUUCUUUCUUUCUUUCUUUCUUUCUUUCUUUCUUUCUUUCUUUCUUUCUUUCUUUUUUUUUUGCAUGGCCUCUGCACGUAGUCCUGUAAACGAUGUAAAUACUAAUCUGGUGCACUUGUUUUUCACUGUCGAUUAAAUUCACUCGCCUGACUUAUUUUCAUUGGACAGUGCAACAAAAACAGUUGGCAGCCAUCCCCGUGCAGCUACAGCAUAAAUCCUAUGGUCAAUUUUGUACAUCUGGUCAGCCGACAACAGCUGUGAAGUCCUCUGGUGGAUUUUUCUACAUACAAAAUUAUAGGAAUAUCAUUUUCCAUGUAUUUUUGCUGCCCAUUGAGAUUUUAUUUCUAUAUUAGCAAUAUGAUUAAUUCUCAGUUGUUUGCUAUCAAGAUUUCACAUACAAUGUAUUACUAGUCUUCGAUUGACUCAGGUAACAUAAUAAGUGAUCACCCUUUUUGCAUUUGAAAAUAUCUGGUUUUGAGUGGAAGAUGUGAUGCUUCGAUGUCUUUAAUUGUCACUGUGCUUCAAAAUGUUUAUUAUUUAAGAAAUACAAACAAUGUUAUUUUUUCACGGGAUCUAAACGUAGAAAAUAAAAUAGGUGAUGUGAUUUGUAUAGGUUGGCUUGGAAAAAUAAUAAUAAUAGCAAUUACUAGCUACUACUACUAGU